UAUUCAUAUUCCGAUUCUAUUUGUUUCAAGUUUGACUUAUUUUAGUGGCGGUACUGCAGAUAUAUUUAUAUAAACAUUAACCUCAUGAAGGAGAGCAACGAAACGUGUUAAUAAAUAUUUAUUAUGAGUCAAACAUUAAUAUGGCGUCUUCUCAGUGGAGCUCGCCAUACAAAUAUUUUAAAUUAUAAUCAAAGCUUGUUAUCUUCAAAUGAACGCAUUUUAUCAAAUUACUUUAGUUUACGUAAUACCAGCUUUUUUAACAAACUACCUGCUGAGGACAUUUGGCGCGGAGUAACUGCGGUUAGCAAUGCUGGAAAAAAAAGAGGCCGUGGGAAAGGAAGUGGAAAAAAAGUUGCAAAGGAUCUUAACAAAGGGCAAACUAUCGGAUUCGGAAAAUGCGGUCGCAUAUGGCCUGGAUUAAAUUCACCUCUUAUACGUGGAAACGAACUUAUUAAUCAGCAGAAGCUAAACGAGAAUUUAGAUAGAGAAAAUGGAAUACUAAAAUUACGCGAUUCAAUGGGAAACUUUAAAUUGAUGAAACUAAAUCCAAUAGACCGAGGGUGGUCUGGAAGUAAAAUGCCCGGUCGAAGCAUUGGACCUCCUGAUCCUGUUGGCGACGAAGAGUUUAUAUCAUUUGAUACAAGAGUUUUAGAAAACAAAAUUGUUUUUAUUAUGAAAGGAAAUAUGGGAAGAAAACGAAGAUAUUCCGUUCUAUCAGUCACGGGAAAUGGUAAUGGUUUGGCAGGAUUCGCUACCGCUAAAGCACCAGAAGUUCGUACGGCCCUUCGAAAAUCAAAGAACCGAGCAGGGCAAAAACUAAUCAACAUAAGCCUAUGUGAAAAUAGAACAAUUUUUCAUGACUUUCGUACAGAUUUCGGAAAAACAAAAAUUUUUUGUUUUCAGAAACCUGAUGGAUAUGGCUUAGUAUGUCACCGGGUGAUUCAAACAAUUUGUAAAGUUAUAGGUAUCAAGGAUUUAUAUGCCAAAAUUGAGGGGUCUACGAACCUCCAGAAUAUUGUAAAGGCAUUUUUUAUUGGUCUGAUGACGCAAAGGUCCUAUCAGGAUAUUGCUAACGAAACAAGUUCAAACAUUGUUCAACAGCAAAAGGCAAGAAAUGGAUUCAUUGAUGUAAAAGGAAUUCCUUUUCUUAAUUCAAGUCUAACUCAUAACACCCACGAAAUUGACUACAUGCAUUACACAUUAGGAAAUCAAAUUGUUUUAAAACGAAAAGGCACGUUACCAUUUUAUGUUUAUAGUAAAGGACAUAACUUACAUCAAAUUAAAGCAGAACGUUUUCGGAACCAAGCUAAUGUUCGACUACACAAGCUAGUUAAUUCUUAUGCUUAAUUCAUUAUAUAUUAAAAUUGUUAAAUAAAAA